AUGGGCGAAACAAAGAGCAAUUUCCAGGUCCAUGAGAUUGCGCUCGCUUCGAGCCACAGCUCUUGUGGCACGAACAACGACAGAAGAACUGCCAGUGCUGACGAAAAAAGCCGUCGCAACGCUCCGCCGCGCGCCUCGGUUUUUCUAUUCGCUUCGGCCAGCGACUGGGCGUUUUUUGUCCCCGGAAGCAUUUUCAUUGUGAUUGCUGCCAUGGCAUCGCCCCUCCAAACGUAUCUCUACGGCAAGCUUUUCGAAUACCUAGCACAUUUUGUGGCGGGCCGCAUUUCGCUGGGACAAUUUUUGAGCCGCUCUCGCGUCAUCUGCGGCGCAGUCAUCGGUAUGGGCGCCGCCCGCAUGCUUUGUACAUGGGCAGGCGCGGCGUUGUGGCUUCUUGCAGGCGAGAGGCAGCAAGACAGAGCGCGCCGCGCCAUUUUCCGCACUCUUGUUGCGCGGCCCAUGGCUUGGUUUGACGCCCGCAACACACUAAUGGGAGAAAUGGCCCAAGUGUGCCGCAGCAUCGAGGAGGUGCGUGCGGCCGCUUCAUUAAACACGGCGCUGCUCAUCUCCGAAGCGGCUGGAGUCACUUUUCUUUUCGCCAUGGCCAUGGUUUCGCUGUGGCGUUUGACACUUGUGGUGAUGGCGCUGGCGCCUGUUAUGGCUGUGUGCAGCGGGGUGUUUGGGCGCCAGACUUUUGUUCAUGCUGAAGCCGAGAACCGAGCCAGUGCGCGGGCGUCGCAUAUUUUGGACUGGGAGUUCGCGCAGGGCGAUCUAGUGCGGACUCUCAACGGGCGCGACGCCGACGCCGCUCCGGUUUUCCCGCGCAGUGGAAUGUUCGCGGGCCGCGUUUGUUCGCAUGGCCGCGGCCAUGUGUGCCAACGGCGCCAUCCUUCGCAUGUUGGGCAAUCUUCUCUUCGUCCAGGGUUUCUGGUAUGGCCAUCACUUGGUUUCAGAAGGAAACCUUAA